AUUUGACUUAUAAAAUAUGUUUUGGAUAUACAAACGUUUCACGAAAUGAAAAAACAAAUCUUAGCCAGCUAAACUCUCAUCUUAGAAUAAAAAAUAAUAUACUAAAUAAAUUCCACCCCUUUAUUAAAGGUCCGCCGAAAAUCUUGGAAUACGAAAUGCCAUUCUCUAAUUUUUUAAAAAUAGCGCAUCCGCUGAUACGAAAUUUGACUUCUGAUUCGAUGAAUAAAUCAGUGGAAAUGACAUUUUAUGAUCCAAGUGUGGGGGCUAUCCAACCAAACAAAAAUUCCUCUUUUAAAAAACAAGGUUCCUCUAAUGAAUUUAAUUCAGAUUUUUUAGGAGUACUAAGAAAGAUGUUAAACCUAGAACAAUGGGUUACUGAAUCAUCAACUAAUAAAAGUAAAGAUUUGAAAUUAAACAAAACUAUUAAUCGCCAGUCAAGACCUACUUUAAAGAAAAAUAGCAAUGAUUUCUUAAUCAAGCAGCAAAAUAUUAACCAUACCUCAAUAAAAAAUAAAUCAAAAAUCAAUUUGAAAAGGAAUCGAAUUCAAGGCGCCUUUAAUUUAACUAAAAGGCAUCGCACUUUUAAGAAUAAUAUAUUAAAGAUCGAAAAGGGGAUUAGAAAAUUUGUUAAACAAGUUAAUAUCUCCAAAAUAAAUUAUAAUAAUGUGAAAGUGAAAAAUGUAUCUAUGAUGUCAAAAUUUCCAAAUAAAUCUAAAGAUAACUUCAUAAAUCAAAUUCGAAAUUUAGAUUGGAGAAUGCUAUGGAAUUUAGUAAAUGCUUAUUAUUUGUGCAGGGAUCCCCUACCAAAUGUAUCUUGCAACAUGCAUAACCCAUGCCCUACGAAUUAUAGAUGCGAUAUUAGACUCAAUUUUGAUGAUUAUGGUUUUUGCUGCAGUGAUUAUAAUGGUGUUAAACAUAUAUCCAAAAAUUAUUUAGAAAAUAUGGACUUUACAACAUGGCAACCUUUGUUAUCACCUAAUAAUAAUGAUCAUUAUUUAAAUAUAGCUAACAGGGCUAGAAAAAUCAAUUCGUAUAGCCACGCAAAGCUUGAUUUUAAUCAAAUUCUGAAACUUAAUCAUCAAACUUAUCUUCCAUAUACCCGUACCCGUCUUUUGAAUAGGAAUAAACAUUUUUUAAAAAACAAUAUCCAAGAUUAUAGACAAAAUGCUUAUAAUACUAAAAAAGAAUUUAUGCGAGACCCCCAAAACAAAUUUUCCAAUUUUCUCGAUGUGUAUUUUAAAUUAUCCCAGUUGAACGCCAGUAAUGUAGCAUUCAAGAACAAUUUAUUACUCAUGGAUAACAAGAAUCGAAACAUAAAUACGUUGACAACAGGAAAAGUUAAGAAUGGAACAUGUCCUGCCAUUUUGGAAUAUAAUGAAUUAUAUAAAUGCAAUUCCAUAGGUAAUUUAUGUUACGAUGAUUUGGGAUGCGGUAUCAAUAAUCAUUUCAAAUGCUGCCCAAGUCAAUGUGGACUUCGAUGUUUUAAAUCAAUUUAGAUUUUACAAUACUGAAUACUCUGGUUUAUAUGUAUAAAGCAUUCAUAAUUUUAUAUUUGAUUAAGAUCUCCUGAAACCGGUUAAUUUCAAAACUGAAUAGAUUUCUAUUUGUUGUUAUAAUAUAUACUAU